AUAAAAGUGGCGAAAUUUGAGCAAAAACUUCAUUGAGGAUUUCUUACUUCUUCGCUAUUCUCCGUGUUAUCUCGGUGAAGAAAUGUUGUCUGCAAGGCUUUUUCUCCCCAGAAAAAUGCCUGGUCCGUCCUGUCGCCCUCUCCUCGUCUCGGCAUGCCCACCUGUUGAGCCCAAACCAAAGCCAUGGCUCCUUGUAGGUCUAGGCAAUCCUGGCAAGAAGUAUGAAGGUACCAGACACAGUGUAGGUUUCGAGAUGAUAGAUACUAUAGCGCAAGAAGAAGGAAUAUUAGUGAGCAGCAUUCGCUUUAAGGCACUUGUUGGGAAAGGUUCCAUUGGGGGUGUUCCUGUAUUGCUUGCUAAACCACAAACGUUUAUGAAUGCAAGUGGUGAAUCUGUUGGAUCCAUCGUUUCGUAUUUCAACAUACCUCUUAAUCAAGUGCUUGUGAUAUUCGAUGAUUUAGAUUUGCCUUUUGCAAAAUUGCGUAUGCUCCCAAAAGGCGGACAUGGUGGACAUAAUGGGAUGAGGAGUGUAAUUGACCACUUCAAAGGUAGCAGGGAAUUUCCACGUUUACGAAUAGGCAUUGGACGGCCACCCGGGAAAAUGGAUCCCGUGAACUUCGUUCUUCGACCAUUCACGAGGCAUGAGCGCGAGGAGGUCCUUUCAUGGAACCCUGGAUUGCUGACUGCAAUACAUCUUCGUAGGUUCAACAACAUUGGACUUCACUUUGGCGAAUGGAUUAGAAGCUGUGAGGAUACUUUUGCUUGAAGGAUUUGAUAAAAGUGCAACAUUUGUCAAUCAAUCCAAAUUACGAAGUUAAAUCUCACAUACCUGUUGAGAUCAUCAUUGUGAUAUGAUCGUAUUAUUUGUGAUGAGGUUAUCAUAGCUAUUGUUGAGGCAGAUUAUUGAGGUAAUCGUUCCUUGAAGCGAAGCAGUCCUGCCUUGGGAGGUGCAUCUUUGAGUCUGGUGCACUGAAGAUAGUCAAAAACCUAAGACUACCUUGGACAUGGGAACAGCAUGAAGCCCUAUGCUUAAAAUACGAAUAUGUCUUUGAUAGGUCAAUACAUUGUUUGGUUUUUUUUUGUUUUUAUGUUUAACCUCUUUGUUUUUUCACUUCAAUUUAUUUGUGGAACUUCUUUAGACCUCAAAAUGGGCUAUUGGUUUACAUUUUUUGCAAGAGAAGCAUUUCAGUUCGCUUUUUGGCUU